AUGAACUUUCGACCAUAUAUGGCAUAUAAUCGAACAUGGUUAGCGGCAGAUAACAAAGGUUUCUGGAAUCGUAGCUCUAGCGGCAAAAUGUCGUCGCAAGAACCUGCCGACUACGUACAUUUCCACUUUCGCGACAGGUCAGGAGAGAUAUUUUACCAUCACAGAUCUCAAGCCAUCUCCAGCCCAGCUGCUGGUAGUGAAGCUAGUCGAGACGAUAGUACUGUUCAUGCCAAAGUAAGCCACCCAAUU